AAUGAGCGAGCCAGGUCUCGGCGGGGUGGAGGGGGUUGCACUGCGGUAAUAUGGCUCUUCCUUAGCCAGCGGCGGCGGCGGCCAGUGGGGUAUAGAGCAGUCCUGCCUCUCGGGUGGCGGGUUUCUAGGCUGCAGGGGCUCAGCGGAUAGUGGCUAGGACGCGGCGGCGGAUGCCGAAGGAGAGCCCGCCCCGCCGCUCGGCGGCCCCCGGAUCGCGAUGAGCGCCUCAGCGUCGGUCGGGGGCCCGGUCCCCCAGCCGCUCCUGGGCCCGGCCGCCGCGCUGCCGCCCGGUUCUGCCGCGCGGGCCCUGCAUGUGGAGCUGCCGUCUCAGCAGCGGCGUCUUCGACAUCUUCGGAACAUUGCUGCCCGGAACAUUGUUAAUCGAAAUGGCCAUCAACUCCUUGAUACCUACUUCACACUUCACUUGUGUAAUACUGAAAAGAUAUAUAAAGAAUUUUAUAGAAGUGAAGUGAUUAAGAAUUCCUUGAAUCCAACGUGGCGGAGUCUCGAUUUUGGAAUAAUGCCAGACCAUCUUGACACAUCUGUGUCUUGUUUUGUGGUGAAGAUAUGGGGCGGAAAGGAGAAUGCCUACCAGCUGUUGAUUGAAUGGAAAGUCUGUUUGGAUGGGCUGAAAUACUUGGGUCAGCAGAUUCAUGCCCGCAACCAAAAUGAAAUAAUUUUUGGGCUGAAUGAUGGCUACUAUGGUGCUCCAUUUGAACAUAAGGGUUAUUCAAAUGCUCAGAAGAACAUUCUUCUUCAUGUGGACCAGAACUGUGUUCGUAAUUCUUAUGAUGUCUUCUCUUUGCUACGGCUUCAUAGAGCCCAGUGUGCAAUUAAACAGACUCAGGUAACUGUUCAGAAAAUUGGAAAGGAAAUUGAAGAAAAAUUAAGACUCACAUCUACAAGCAAUGAGCUGAAAAAACAAAGUGAAUGUCUGCAAUUAAAAAUUUUGGUGCUUCAAAAUGAACUGGAAAGACAGAAGAAAGCUUUGGGACGGGAGGUGGCAUUACUGCAUAAGCAACAAAUUGCAUUACAGGACAAAGGAAGUGCAUUUUCAACUGAGCACCUUAAGCUUCAACUCCAGAAGGAAUCUCUAAAUGAGUUGAGGAAGGAGUGCACUGCAAAAAGAGAACUCUUUCUGAAGACUAAUGCUCAGUUGACAAUUCGUUGCAGGCAGUUACUCUCUGAGCUUUCCUAUAUUUACCCUAUUGAUUUGAAUGAGCAUAAGGAUUAUUUUGUAUGUGGUGUCAAGUUGCCCAAUUCUGAAGACUUCCAAGCAAAAGAUGAUGGAAGCAUUGCUGUUGCCCUUGGUUAUACUGCACAUUUGGUCUCCAUGAUUUCCUUUUUCCUACAAGUGCCCCUCAGAUAUCCUAUAAUUCAUAAGGGAUCUAGAUCAACAAUCAAAGAUAAUAUCAAUGACAAGCUGACUGAAAAGGAGAGAGAGUUUCCACUGUAUCCAAAAGGAGGGGAGAAGUUACAAUUUGAUUAUGGUGUCUAUCUUCUGAACAAAAAUAUAGCACAGCUAAGAUACCAACAUGGACUAGGGACUCCAGACUUGAGGCAAACCCUUCCUAACCUGAAAAACUUCAUGGAGCAUGGACUAAUGGUCAGGUGCGACAGACAUCACACUUCCAGUGCAAUCCCUGUUCCAAAGAGACAAAGCUCCGCAUUUGGGGGUGCAGAUGUAGGCUUCUCUGGGGGAAUCCCUUCACCAGACAAAGGACAUCGGAAACGGGCCAGCUCAGAGAAUGAGAGACUCCAGUACAAAACCCCUCCUCCCAGUUACAACUCAGCAUUAGCCCAGCCUGCGACCACCGUCCCUUCCACAGGAGAGUCCGAGAGAAAGACGUCUCUGUCCUCCUCCUUGGAUACCUCCUUGGACUUCUCCAAAGAAAACAAGAAAAAAGGAGUAGAUCUGGGUGACAGCUUAAAUGGAGGCCAUGUGAGCGUGCACACUAGCCAAGAGCAAGCAGAAGCCCUCUCUGGGCACCUGGCCACAGUGAAUGGCACUCUCCUGCCCAGCGAGCAGGCUGGCUCUGCCAGCAUCCAGCUGCCAGGUGAGUUCCACCCGGUCUCGGAAGCCGAGCUCUGCUGUGCCGUGGAGCAAGCGGAAGAAAUCAUUGGGCUAGAAGCCACAGGUUUCACCUCAGGUGAUCAGCUAGAAGCAUUUAACUGCAUCCCAGUGGACAGUGCCGUGGCAGUCGAGUGUGACGAACAAGUGCUGGGAGAAUUUGAAGAGUUCUCCCGAAGGAUCUAUGCACUAAACGAAAACGUAUCCAGCUUCCGCCGGCCGCGCAGGAGUUCUGAUAAGUGAAGUGAGCAGACAGACAGUCGGACCAGGGCAGAGUCUCUGCCUAAAAUGAGGAUAAAGCUGCACUUAACCCUUUGUAAUAAUUAUGCCACAAGAUGAAUAUUAUUGGAGGAUAUUCCUCACUCGGGAAAACAGACUUUGGGAAUAGAGGAGGGACUCAGGAUCAUUGUAUAUCAGUGGGCCAAAGUUAGAUUUUGCUUUCAAGAUUUGCUUUCCAGGCCUGGUGAUUAUUUUAAGGUAAAAGUCACCCUCUAGUUGAAAGAGCUUAUAGCUCCACACCUGUUAGGUAUUUGUGUGCUUUUUAUUUACCCUUCUAUGUUAUCCUCAAAGGGAAGAUGAUAAUAUAUAAAUAAUAUAAUGAACUCACCUUUAGUUUCUCAUAAGCAUUUGCCCUCACCAUAGUUUAUAAAACUUUGGGAAUAUGGAAUAUUCAGAAACAGGUUUCCACUAUUUACUGGAGGGUCUGUGGCCAUCCAUUAGGUUCAUGAAUAAGAAGCAUGGUGUGGUCUCCUUGUACCCAGGCCCAUCUGUCCCUGUCCCCCAGGGACCACAGUCAAGCUGUAGACCCCACUGUUGCCCCAUCUCCACAGUGGACAGGCUGUGUGUCCUGAAAACUAAGGACAUCACAUUCACUGGUUCUUUAACCCAGUAGCUUGAUGUCCCAUCUCUUCUAAUCGGCUAUGGCCUGCCUUCCACCUCCUCUGCCACACCCUUAAUGUGGCCCUCAAAUUUGAUGAAAAACUUGCCUCUGGUAGAUCUCAGGGGAUCCUCAAGGACUCCAAGGUUAUUGCAGUCAGAUGGCAUCCAGUUCCCUUUGGGGCCCAAAGUUUUUAUGUGGGCAGAUGCUGUGGUCAGAAACUGGGCAGGCUUUCUGGCAAUGCACUCACCAGACAAAAAUUCCUAUAUAUAAAUCCCAUGUUAAUUUAUUAAAUUUUGGUCAGAAGGAAGGCAUUGUAUAUGACAAAAUAUAUGUAGAAAGUCAGGCUGUCCAAUAUGCAAACUGCAAGGCAGUUGAAAUAGUUGGAUUAAGAGACUAGAUGAGGCAUAGAAUACUAUUGGUAUGUGUGCAAUUUCAUAAAUAUUAAAUUAUGUUUUUGAAGUCCAAUUGUCAUUCCUGCAUUCAGAUUUCAUUUACUGUUGCUUUAUACGUUAUGUACCCAAGGACAUUGCCUCAGGGUUGCAACUCUUUAAGGAAAACUUUAUCCAUAUAUCCAUGUAUUGUAUAGAAGAAUAAAAAUUGAGUUUACUUC